CAGCUGGUUCUUCAAUGAAGCCAGAAAGCCCCAUUAAAUCGUAACCCCCGCUUAAUCUCUCUCAUACUCAUAGAAUCAUAGCUACACUUCUGUUGUGGAGUGAGUUUUAGCAGUGACUGAAAUGAUGGCCGGCGGGUCUAUCUCUUCCUUAAAAUUUAACAGUAGAGGAGACUGCAAUUCAUUGGAUCAUUAGUAAUUUGAUGGAGUUUUGAUUUUGUUUUGAACUGAAAGAAUGGAGGAAGAGAAGGCAGGUCUGACGGCGAAGCUUAUUGAGCUGGUGAAUGAAAUAUCUGGUAUUUCGGAGUUCAGGUGCACGGUGAAGAAGCAGUACUGUAACCUGGCGAGGCGGCUGAAGCUGUUGACUCCAAUGUUCGAAGAGAUUAGUGAUAUCAAAGAAGCCGUCCCUGAAUCUUCCUUAAAGGCUUUAGUUUCUUUCAAGGCGGGUCUCCAAUCGGCUAAGGAUAUGCUCAAAUUUGGGAGUGAAGGCAGCAAGAUUUAUCUGGCCUUAGAAAGGGAGCAUAUCAUGAAUAAAUUUCAAGAGGUGACAGUUCAGCUUGAACAAGCUUUGAGUGGAAUUUCUUAUGAAAAACUUGACAUAUCUGAUGAAGUUAAAGAACAGGUUGAGCUUGUUCUUUCUCAAUUCAGAAGAGCGAAAGGAAGAGUUGAUACACCCGAGGAUGAACUAUACGAGGAUUUGUUGUCUGUUUAUGAAAAGAGCAGCAAUGCGGCCACAGACCCAGCUGUAUUAAGGAGAUUGGUUGAAAGGUUACAACUAAGUGGAAUAGAUGAUCUAAUGCAAGAAUCGCUAACUUUACAUGAGAUGGUUUCUGCUUCUGUUGGGGAUCCAGGGCAGAGGAUAGAGAAGAUGUCCAUGCUAUUAAGGAAAAUUAAGGAUUUUGUGCAAAUAGACAAUCCUGACAUUGAUUCCUCGAGGGAUAAGUCAUCAAGAAGAACUGGCCAAGCAUGUACAGAGCAGAGUCUCAAAGCCCCAGUGAUUCCAGAUGAUUUCCGUUGUCCUAUAUCUCUGGAGUUGAUGAGAGAUCCAGUCAUUGUUGCAACGGGGCAGACCUAUGAACGUUCUUGCAUUGAGAAAUGGCUGGAAGCAGGAAAUAACACUUGCCCAAAGACGCAGCAAACCCUCGCUGGGACUACUCGGACACCCAACUAUGUUUUGCGCAGCCUUAUAGCUCAAUGGUGUGAGGCCAAUGGGAUUGAACCACCCAAACGGCCCUGUGAUUCUCAGCCUAGUAAGAAAACUUCUGUAUGUUCACCCGUGGAUCGCUCAAAGAUAGAAACUCUCCUCUGCAAACUGGCAUCUGUCAACCAUGAAGAUCAACAGACUGCUGCAGGUGAAAUACGGCUUCUUGCUAAGCGCAAUGCUGACAAUCGUGUGGCAAUAGCUGAAGCGGGUGCCAUUCCUCUGCUUGUCAACCUUCUCUCCAUCCCUGAUUCUCGCAUCCAGGAGCAUGCAGUUACUGCACUGCUUAACCUUUCCAUAUGCGAGGACAACAAAGGAAGAAUCAUAUCUUCAGAUGCUGUGCCUGGCAUUGUCAGUGUGCUCAAACGGGGUAGCAUGGAAGCUCGGGAAAACUCAGCAGCCACUUUAUUUAGCCUCUCAGUUGUUGAUGAAAACAAGGUCACAAUUGGUGCUUUGGGAGCAAUUCCUCCACUGGUGACACUGCUAAGCGAAGGAACCCAAAGAGGGAAGAAAGAUGCUGCAACCGCGCUUUUUAACCUGUGUAUAUAUCAGGGUAACAAGGGUAAGGCUGUGAGGGCUGGAGUUGUGCCCAUACUAAUACGCCUGCUAACAGAACCUCAAGGCAGUAUGGUGGACGAAGCGCUAGUUAUGCUCGCGAUAUUGGCUAGUCAUUCUGAAGGGAAGGCAGUUAUUGGAUCUGCAAUGGUAGUUCCUCUUUUGGUAGAUGUUAUUGCAAAUGGGACUCCUAGGAACAGAGAAAAUGCGGCUACUGUUUUGGUGCACCUCUGUUCUGGAGACCAACAGAAUCUAGUAGAAGCUCAAGAACUAGGUGUGAUGGCUCCCUUGCUUGAUUUAGUACAAAAUGGAACCGAAAGGGGAAGGCGAAAGGCCACCCAGUUGCUCGAAAAAAUGAACAGAUUCGUCGAGCAGCAGAAGCAGGUGAAGGCGCGUACUCAAACUCAGAAUCAGCUAUCACUGCCAUCCUCCUCAAGUACUGCUUUGAGCAGCUGAAAA